AUGAGGUUAUGGUCCGUGAACGCGUCAAGAGGUAUAAAUAGUCCACUCCCACCAAGGUCGAAAGCGACCACCAGUUCUCCAUCUCUUUCCAGUCCCCCAGUUCAAAAUGAAAGUCCUCUUGUUCGGUGCCUCUGGGUAUCCAAUGCCCUCAUUCGCAAUGGUCAUGUCGUAGUUGGUGUCUCUCGCAGCGAGAAACAAGCACAGAUUAUGAGGGCUAACGAAGAUAUCUUCGACCCCUCACUGUGGAGUGAGCAUCUUGCGGAUACAGAUGUAGUCAUCGACUGUACAGCUGGCGACAUCUGGGUGAGCGCAAAGAAACUGUUCAACGCCGUUGAGACCGCUGCGGCAUCUGUCCGAGCUCCAGGCGUUCCAAAAUUAGCCUACAUUUACACUUCCGGAACUUGGGUCCAUGGUGAUGACCGCAAUAUUUUCCGCUCUGAUAGCUCACCAUUGCCAAACCCCGCAUCCAUUGUCGCUUGGCGGCCCGCGUUUGAACAAGAAGUGAUCGCGAGUACGGCCGUUCGUGGUAUUGUCAUUCGCCCCUCUUGCUGUUAUGGUCGAAGUGGCGGUCUCUUCGGUUUCUUGUACUCUCAAGGUGAAUCUGGACAGCUCAGCUGGUUCUCCAAGCCAGGAGCAUUCAACGCCACAGUCCACGUUGAUGAUGUCGCAGAAUUUUUCUUGCUGGCUGCAGAGAAGAACCACCUCAUCUAUGGACUCAUCCUUGACUGCUCAAAUGAACAAACAGAGUCAGUUGAAGGGAUGUUAUAUGCUUUUGCAGCGGUAGCUGGAAUCCCAUUCGAUAAAAUUUCGUAUCGGGAACCUGCAAACGUGCUCGAGGAAGCCAUGGCUGCGACCUCCAAACUGAGGCCUACCCUUGCCCGCACCAUUCUAGGUUGGGCUCCUCGUAAAGCCUCGGCGACUGAUGGGAUGGCGGUUUACUAUGAGGCCUACAAGGCUGCUCAAGGAAAAUAA